GUCACGGUGGCGGCGGGGGCUGCUGGCAGCCCCGGGGGGCGCUUCAUCCGGAGCGGAGCCCGGCGUUACGCUUUCUGUGAGCGGGCUCUUCCCCUCCGGUGCCGGCUAGAAGAUGGACACACUUUAUUUGACUACAAUGUUGGACUAAAUGACAUAGUUCAGCUUUUGAUACGUUCUGAAUCUGAAGCUCCUACUACUGCUUCUGUGACAGAUCAGGAUGGAGAAGUCAAUCCUUGUGCUGUUUCCAACUGCAAGAACAAAGUCAAAAAAACAAAUAGUGGAUCAUCCAGUCAGCCAUCCACAUCAUCUCGAUUGUUUCUCAUUGAUCCUGGUAUUGGAUUGUACAAGAUAAAUGAAUUGGUGGAUGCCCGUGAUGUCAGCAUUGGAGCCUGGUUUGAAGCUCAUAUAGAAAAUGUUACACGAGCAACAAAGGGACAUAAGAAUGGUAAAGCUCAAGGAAAGAGUGGUAACGCUUACAAAAGGACUAAUGGAAACUUAAGUCAAGAUCAUUCUAGAGAAAAUGCAAAUAAUUUGGACAGUACACCAUCCACAUCUUAUUCAGACUGUAUGGACACUGAUGAAGAAGCUAUUUAUCAUAUCAAGUAUGAUGAGUACCCAGAGAAUGGCAUAGUAGAAAUGGACACCAGUAAUCUUCGACCCCGAGCAAGAACCAUUCUGAAGUGGAGUGAACUAAAAGUGGGUGAUGUGGUGAUGGUUAACUACAAUGUUGAGACUCCAGAAGAAAGAGGAUUUUGGUUUGAUGCAGAAAUUACCUCUUUGAGAGAAAUCUCAAGGACUAACAAAGAGGUUCAUGCUAAAAUUCUGCUGGGAGGCCCGGAAGACACAAUAAAUGAUUGUAAAAUCCUUUUUGUAGAGGAAAUGUACAAGAUUGAAAAGCCAGGAGCCUAUCCAUUGACAUUUGGGGAUGGAGAUUUCAAAAGAAAAAGUGGCCCUGAAUGCAAGCACUGUAGGGCUGAUCCAGAUAAGGAGUGCCGUUUUUGUUCGUGCUAUUUGUGUGGUGGAAAACAGGAUGCUCACAUGCAACUCCUGUGUGAUGAAUGUAAUAUGGCUUAUCAUAUAUACUGUCUGAACCCUCCCUUAAGCAAGAUACCAGAAGACGAAGACUGGUAUUGUCCUUCCUGCAAAAAUGAUUCUAAUGAAGUUGUAAAGGCUGGAGAAAAGCUUAAACAGAGUAAAAAGAAAGCAAAGAUGCCAUCUGCCAGUACUGAAAGCCAGAGAGACUGGGGCAAGGGAAUGGCCUGUGUUGGUCGCACUAAGGAAUGCACUAUUGUUCCUUCUAAUCAUUAUGGACCUAUACCUGGUGUUCCUGUUGGGACAACCUGGAAAUUCAGAGUUCAGGUGAGCGAAGCAGGUGUUCACAGACCACAUGUAGGUGGAAUCCAUGGACGCAGUAAUGAUGGAGCUUAUUCACUCGUAUUAGCUGGAGGAUUUGAAGAUGAAGUGGAUCGAGGAGAUGAAUUCACUUACACUGGGAGUGGAGGUAGAGAUCUUUCUGGCAAUAAAAGAAUUGGAGAACAUUCAUUUGAUCAGACAUUAACACACAUGAAUAGGGCACUGGCUCUUAACUGUGAUGCCCCAUUGGAUGACAAAAAUGGAGCAGAAUCUAAGAAUUGGAGAGCUGGUAAGCCAGUCAGAGUAGUGCGCAGUUCAAAAGGACGACGAAUCAGCAAGUAUGCCCCGGAGGAAGGCAACAGAUACGAUGGCAUUUACAAGGUGGUGAAAUAUUGGCCAGAAAUUGGAAAAUGUGGAUUUUUAGUGUGGCGCUAUCUUCUGAGGAGAGAUGACAUUGAGCCUGCACCUUGGACCUCAGAAGGAAUGGAGCGAUCAAAGAAACUGGGUUUGAGUGUACAGUAUCCGGAAGGUUAUUUGGAAGCCAUGGCUAGUAAGGAGAAGAAAGAUAAGGUUAAAAAGCAAACUGUAAAACAGGAGCCAACCAGCCAGAGUAACGGAAACCAGAAAAGGACAAUUGAUGAUGCAGGUAUAGAGGAGCCUACGAAUACACCCAAAGCCAUGAGAAUGGGAGAUGGAGGGAAAGGAGAGGCUUUCCAGCUGACCCAAGAGCAGCAGUGGCUGAUUAGAGAAGACUGUAUGAACCAGAAACUGUGGGAUGAAGUACUUGCUUCCCUUAAGGAAGGACCAAAUUUUCUGAAGAAACUGGAACAAUCCUUUAUGUGUGUCUGCUGCCAGGAGCUGGUUUACCAGCCAGUGACAACAGAGUGCCUCCACAACGUCUGUAAAAGUUGUUUACAGCGCUCCUUCAGAGCUGAAGUCUUCACCUGCCCUGCCUGCCGCUAUGACCUUGGUAAGGGCUACACCAUGGUUCCAAACAAGAUACUGCAGACACUACUGGACCAGUUCUUCCCUGGUUACAGUAAAGGACGAUGAUGUGCUCAGAUCCUUCUGUACUUCUCCCAGUGACUUUAUAGACAGCAAAGGAGAAUAAACACGGAAAAUUCAACAGUGGACCAGCCAGCUUGAUGGGACUCAAUAUAUUGUCACAUUUUGAAGCAGCUAACCCUCUUCCCCUCAUAGCCAUCUUUUUGGUGUAGUGAGAACUCUAAUUCUCAGCUGUCUUUUAACAUCAAGGGUAGUUUUGGCCAGUUAACAAAUAGUUUUUAAAGAAAAGAAAAGCCUCAGCUCUUACUGGCCUAGCUGAUGGUUAAUUUAUGAUUUAUUUUUUUGUAACUACCUCAGGACAGAGGAAAAUAAAUUGUGGGGAUGACAAAAAGUUAGUGAAGUUUUAGCUAAUCACUGCCUCCUGAAUAUUAGUUGUGCCUGGUCCAUGUGGUUUGAUUUACAAAAAAAAACCCAAACCAAAACAAAAACCCA